CGCUUCUUGUCAGUUAGCAACAAAAUGGCCGCGGCUGCCUCUCUUCUGUCUCCUAUCGGCGGAACGGCUGGAGCUUGGUGAAGGGAAGCGGCGGACGUGUGGAGAGGAAGAGCGGGGCCCGCCCACACCUGAAGGAGGAGAGAGAGAGACUGAGAGCGAGCGCUGUGUGCAGGGAGCCUGGCCGGGGAGAGGCGCCUUCAUCUCCUAUCACUGGCUCUACGUGGUCCUGGCGCUAAACCUCCGUCACCCGUCCUCCCUGGAUCCCCCCCGGGACCCUCGGAGCUCCCCCCUCCUCCACCACCACCUCCGGAGAGAACAGCGGCCCAGUCAUAGGAGGGAACCGGCGACACCACUCCAUCCACUGCCACCGAGAGACUGGGGGAGACGAGACCAGGGACAUAGAGCCAGAGUCUCAAAAAGAGGAACAUUUGAUGGAAGAAAAGAAAAAGAAAAAGCAAGAAGAAAAGAAGAAGAAGGAAAAUACUCAGAAAAAGGCUGCUGAACAAAAAAACAAAGUGCCAGAUCCAGUCAAGAUCAGUUCCAACCAGCCCCAAACUGCCACGCCCAGUACUUCCACCAGCACUGUCCCAAAUAGCAAUGGCAAGCGUGCAUCUGCCAAUGGCCAGCAAACAGCGGCCUCCCGUUAUCUGCCACGUGAGGUGCCUCCACGUUUCCGCCAGCAAGAACAGAAGCAACUUCUGAAAAGAGGACAACCACUGCCUUCUGGGACAUUGACCAGUGCUAAUACAGGACAGGAUACUGGGCAAACUGGGACAAGCCCACCUCCACAGCAAGGGGCUGGUGGAGCUCACCACCCCACAAAGACGCACUCUGAUCUUGGUUUUAGUGGUCUCGGCGACCAUUAUGAAAAUUCUUAUUGGGGGCCGCAGCCUACUAUCAGAGGUGAAACCAGUUAUAGCUGGGAUAAAGUGAUAAUAGACAGGACUGACAAGGAAGCGUGGCCUUCCAUUACGGGAACUGAGACUGAAUCUGCCUCAGAAUGUACUACAGACACUGAUUCCGCCUCCAACUGUGGCUCAGAGAAAAGUAGCAUGGCUACAACGAGUGCCCAAGGCACGUUCACUGGACAUACAAAGAAAUCGAAUGGCAAUAAUGGCACCAAUGGAGCACUCGUCCAAAGCACUUCUAACCAGAGUGCCCUUGGAGCUGGAGGAGCAAAUGGGAAUGGAAACUUAUCCAGAGUUUGGGGUGCACCUUCAGGCUCCAACUCUGGCACUGCUCACUGCUCCUCCAGUAGUGGUGAUGGAAAGGUGGACAGUAUGAUUGGAGAGAGUAGGAGUCAGAACUGCUGGGGUGCUUCCAACACAAAUUCUGGCAUUAAUCUUAACCCUAAUGCCAACCCAUCUGCCUGGCCUGUCCUUGGACAUGAAGGAACUUUGAAUGGAGGUAAUCCUUCCAACAUUUGCUGUCCAGCGAGUGCCAUAGGCCAGAAUAUCGGCAACCAGAAUGGAAAUGCUGCAGGUACCUUGGGUGCUUGGAGAAGUUUGCAGUCACAAGAGAGCACAGAACCACAAACGUCCACUUCUCAGAAUGUGUCUUUCAGCAUACAACCUCAGAACCUUAACACUGAUGGACCAAAUAACACUAACCCCAUGAAUUCUUCACCAAACCCCAUUAAUGCAAUGCAGGCAAAUGGACUGCCCAACUGGGGAAUGGCUGUUGGAAUGGGGAGCAUCAUCCCGCCCCACCUGCAAAGCCUUCCUGGUGCUAAUGGUUCAGUUUCUCAAGUCAGUGGGGUUGGUGAGGGCAUGGGCAGUUCAGUGUGGGGUUUAUCACCUGGUGGCCCUGCUCCUGGAAACAGCAGUUCUGGGUUCAGUCACGAAACUGGAGAUACUAAUACAGCUGUAAGUGCUAAACAAAAUGGAGGACAAAAAGAUGGAACUGUAGCGAAUGCAUGGGAUUCAGGACCACCUACCAGUCCAGGGGUCUUAGCUUGGGGUAGGGGUAGAGGUAAUGGUGGAAAUAUGCAUUCUGGACCUUGGGGUCAGCCGAGUCGUGGCACAAACGGCAUGAAUGGUGAAUGGGGAAAGUCUCAAAACCAGCAUUCCAGUAAUGACAUCAGUGGAAAAGGGUCAACAGGGUGGGACAGUUCUAGUAUUACCAUUCAGAAUUCUCCACAGCAGGGAAGUGAUCAAAUGAAUUCUAGGGCCAAAUCUGUAUCAUCUAAUGACAGAGGUAAUGACAAUGCUGGAAAUCCAAAUGAAGGAAGAGGUGGAGAAAGUCAGCGUGGGGACAAGGGAAUAGCAGAUCAGGGGCAGAUGCAAUUGCCAAGACAAGACCUUGAUCCAAGGGUCCUCUCCAACACAGGUUGGGGACAGGUUCCAGUUAAACAAAAUAUAGCAUGGGAAUUUGAUGAAUUUCAGAGGCCUGAAAGAAAAAAUAUUGGAACGGAAGCUUGGGGAUCUACAAACACGCAGCCUUCAAACUCAGGGGGGAAGAGUGAAGGGUCCAUCAUGAACAGUACAAAUACCUCUACAGUAUCAGGAUGGGUCAACCCCUCCCAACCUUUAUCUGCUCCUGUUAAUGCAGGCUGGGUGGAAAGCAAAGCGCCAAAUGGUCCAGGGGGGUGGGGAGAUCCUGCAAGCUCUACUGUUGUCAAUGCUGCUGCCAAAAGUGGUCACGCUUGGAGCGGGUCUGCUAAUCAGGAGGAGAAAUCUCCUACAUGGAGUGAGUCUCAUAAAUCCAAACCCCAAGGCUGGGUAGAAGGACAGAAACCGAAUAAUGGCUGGACAGCAGGUGGUGGAGACUGGAAUGAUAUGCCACCCGUUCCAGCACAUAUUACUGAAGGAAAGAAAAAUGGAACUGGGUGGGACACAGAUGGAAAGUCUGCAACAGGGUGGAAUGAUAAUACACGGCCUGGGACCAGUGGGUGGGGCAAUGGCACAAGCACCAAGCCCAAUUCGGGUACAGGUUGGGGGGAACCUUUGAAAUCUCCUCAGCAGAACUGGGCCAGCAAACCCCAGGAUGUGAGUGGUUGGGGAGGAGCUGCAUCUGUAAAACAGACUGGAUCGGGGUGGGGUGGAGGAGGUGGGGGACAAGUGCCAGCACCGCCGCCAGCUAAACAGAAAGACAUGAACUCUGACUCCAGUGGUUGGCAAGAACCUUCACCACCGUCCAUACGCCGAAAAAUGGAAAUUGAUGAUGGUACCUCAGCUUGGGGAGACCCAAACAAAUACAGCAGUAAAACUGUAAACUUGUGGGAUAGGAACAGCACAGUAGUUCCAACUAUUCCUUCAGCUAAUAGCAACACCACCCCAAUUACUCCCUCAAAUGCCAGUUUGGUUGAACCUCAGCCACCUCAUCAGUCAAGUGCCCAGCAGAAUCGGUCCCCACUAAUUGGUCCAGGCUGGGGAGAUAUGCCUCCUGUCCACUCUAAGGCCGAAAACCCUUGGGGGGAGCCCCCAUCUCCGUCUGUUUCAGUUGACAAUGGCACUUCUGCAUGGGGAAAGCCCACCAAUAGUGGUUCAGGAUGGGUGGACGGUGCUGCAGAAUCGUCUGGAAAUUAUGGCAGGACAAAUGCUCCAGCUGCUGCCCCUUCGCUGUGCAAACCAGCUCAAAAAUCUAUGCAAGAAGGCUGGAGUAGUGGAGGAGAAGACGUUGGCCUCAGCCAGUGGGAUGAUGAAGAAAGUGAUAUGUGGAAUAAUGCUGCUUCCCAAGAUAGUAAUUCUUGCAAUUCUUGGGGCAAUGGCCCCAAGAAAGGACUUUCCAAGCAGGGCAUGAAGACUCCAAGCAAGUCUGAUGAGGCCUGGAUCAUAACUCGACUGACUAAACAGCUCACUGACAUGGGCUUCCCGAAAGAGCCUGCUGAAGAGGCCUUGAAAAGUAACAAUUUGAAUCUGGACCAGGCCAUGAGUGCUCUACUGGAAAAGAAGGUGGAAUUGGACAAGCGUGGAUUGGGAAUGGCGGACUACAAUGCAGUUGUCGCCAAGCCCUUGAGCUGCCGCCCACCACCGAUCUCCAAAGAGUCUUCCAUGGACCGCCCCACUUUCUUAGACAAGGAUGGCGGCCUAGUGGAAGAGCCCACUACUUCACCAUUUUUGCCUUCACCAAGCCUGAAGCUCCCCCAUCCCAACAGUGCACUCCCUAAUCAAGCCCUUGGUGGCAUGACACCAGGCCUAAACAUGCAGAACUUGAAUUCCUCUAGACAGAUGCAGAGUGGCAAUCUGGGUAUGUUUGGCAAUAGUGGAGCAGCACAAGCCAGGUCCAUGCAACAGCCACAGCAGCCACCAGUGCAACCUCUCAACUCAUCCCAGCCUAGUCUUCGUGCUCAAGUGCCUCAGUUUUUAUCCCCUCAGGUUCAAGCACAGCUUUUGCAAUUUGCAGCAAAAAACAUUGGUCUCAACCCUGCACUAUUAACCUCGCCAAUUAAUCCUCAGCAUAUGACCAUGUUGAACCAGCUCUAUCAGCUGCAGUUGGCGUAUCAGCGUUUACAACUCCAGCAGCAGAUGUUACAGGCUCAGCGUAAUGUUUCCGGACCCAUGAGGCAACAGGAGCAGCAAGUUGCACGUACAAUCAAUAACAUGCAGCAGCAGAUACAGCAACAUCAGCGCCAGCUGGCCCAGGCUCUGCUUUUGAAGCAACAGACUGCCCCUCAACAUCCACCAAUGCAUCCUUCUGCAGGCAAGUCAGCUCUGGACAGCUUCUCACCCCAUAACCCAGGUCCAAGCCUGGCUGACCUGCACACCAAAGAACAGCAGUCUUCAAAUACUUACUCUCCUUACCCAAUUGGGAAUCCAUGUUCUUGGAUAUCUGGACGAUAUCCUCCUGAAAGAUCACUCAGUCCAGCCCCUGGUGGCCAAUAUCCAGCGGAUGAUAGACACUUCAGCGCUUCAGGUCCUGGAAUAAAUCAUGCUAUGAAUGUAAGCAGCAUGGACAUGGCUGGGGGUUUGUCAGUGAAGGAUACAUCCCAGUCUCAGUCUCGUCUGCCACAGUGGACCCAUCCCAACUCCAUGGAAAGCCUGGCAAAUUCUGCUUCUCUUGAUCACAGUCCUGGCAAGUCAAAUGCUCAUCCUGGAGGUCUUGGCAUUGGCCCUCCUGCAAAGCCCAAUAUGGAUGACUCCUACAAUCGGUACGAUCUUCUCCAAAACAGUGACUCGCCAACAAGUCCUCCCGUUCCCGACAGCUGGUCACGUGCCAAAACUGAGAACGACAAAAUCUCCAAUGGAUCCAGUAUCAACUGGCCUCCUGAGUUUCACCCAGGAGUGCCUUGGAAAGGACUGCAAAACAUUGACCCCGAGAAUGAUCCUGAUGUGACCCCAGGAAGUGUUCCUACUGGGCCUACCAUUAAUACCACAAUCCAGGAUGUCAAUCGUUAUCUGCUCAAAAGUGGAGCUAAACUGUCUGAUAUAAAGUCCAAUUGGUCAUCCAGCCCUAUCUCCCACACUCAAGCAUCGUUGUCUCACGAGUUGUGGAAGGUACCAAGAAACACUACAGCCCCAACCAGGCCACCACCUGGGCUAACCAAUGCCAAACCCUCCUCUGCCUGGGGCUCAAAUCAGCUGGGCUGGACUAGCUCCUAUUCAACAGGUUCCACCUGGAGCACAGACAGUUCAGGAAGAACAAGUAGCUGGCUGGUCCUGCGUAACCUCACUCCACAGAUUGAUGGCUCCACCUUGAGAACGCUGUGUCUUCAGCAUGGUCCGCUGAUAACAUUCCAUCUGAACCUUACUCAAGGCAAUGCGGUGGUUAGGUACAGCUCAAAGGAGGAGGCUGCCAAGGCACAGAAGUCUCUACAUAUGUGUGUCCUGGGUAACACUACUAUUCUGGCAGAAUUCGCUGGCGAAGAAGAAGUAAACCGUUUCUUGGCACAAGGGCAGUCUAUGCCCCCCACUUCCAGUUGGCAGUCUAACACUGGGAAUAGUCAGCCUCGGAUGGGUGGCAACGGAGGCUCACACACCAUGGUUCGCAAUGAUGCUGCUCACUGGAAUCCUUCUUGUUUGAGUGCCAAGGGAGGCAAUGAUCUUCUGUGGGGAGGCGUCCCACAGUAUUCCAGCAGCUUGUGGGGCCCACCUGGAUCAGAUGAUGCCAGAAUGAUUCGCAGUCCAACACCUCUCAAUACUCUGUUACCAGGAGAUUUGCUGAGCGGGGAAUCCAUGUGAAAGAAAAUUGGACAUUGGUCCUAUAAAUUAAUCAUCAGCACUAAAUGAAAAACUUCAAGACAAAUAAUAUCCAAUCUUUCCAGUCCAUGAUCUGUGAGGAAUUCAACUUCUUCAGGCCCCGUGUCUUCUCUCCAUGCAGUAUCUUUUCCUGGUCAUCCUCCCUACUGCACCCUUGAGAACUGUUUCAAGUAACAGUAUGGGAUUGUGGGAGGGAUGGGAAAGGAAGGGUUGAGGAGAGAGGCGAAGAGUCACUUAGUAGAUGUGGUCAAGCUGUUUUUUUAUGUUUUUAAAGUGUUCAAAGAGUUAAAAAAAAAAAAGAAAAAUAAAAAAAAAUGAUCAACGCUGCUUCUGCUGGGACUAGAACGCAAGGGCACUUUCAUUUGACAGGAAUGAAGAGGGUUAGUUUGGGGGCAAGGGGAAUAGGGGAUGGGAGUAACAAAAAAGCCUAUUUUGAAAUAAGCCUUGGACUUGUAUGCACAUCGGACAGAGCCCAUCAAAUGGGGAGCAGCGGCAAGCUCUGCGUAUUCCGGAAGUUCUGUAUACGCACUUAGGUGGAUUAGUAUUGAUACAGAAAUGAAGGAAGGAUGGCUCUAGUUUGAUUACCCCAUGGAUCUGCCUAUGCACAUAACUUUUUUCCAGAGCCUCUGCUCCUGUCAUCGUUCCACCUUCUUCUUUUUUUUUUGCUAUCUAUUCUAAGUAUCUGGAUCCCUGCAAAACACUCGGAAGAAUCAUAUCAGCUGUUGGAUAUACUCGAACAGCAGAUCUACACCAUAUAAUGGGAUUUCUUUCUUUUUUUCGGGAAUUCGGCUCGUAUCAAACCCUGAUUGUCCAAGAUUUAUGCAAUUGCAGAGAGACACAUCAAAUUGUAUCCAUAGGGAAGAGGCAGAAUGAUGAAAAAUGGGUGCACAGAAAAAUGAAUACCGAAACAAGUCUUUCCUUUUUCUAAAAACUCCUUUAUGCCUUUACAACCAUCUAAAAUCCAUCCCUGUGUGCACAUACACAGAAACAAGACAUUUCUCUUACUUUAAAGUACCUUACUUCCUUUUUACUACAUUUUUGUCCUCUUUUUAACUUUGCACUGAAAUUUUAACUCCUCAUCCAGACCUUGCAGUUAACCCAACUGAAUAGAAAAUUGAAAGAAAUGUAUGAAAAGAGGAAGUGCUAACACGUAUCUAUGUUUACUCAAGGACUUAUUUGUGAAGAAAAAAAAAAAAAACAUUAACCUUGUGCUUAUGUCUGAAGAAAAAAAAAAAAAAAAAAACUUACAAAUGUUUGUCUACCUUUCCAUUGAUUCAUCAUUGGGAAGUAAUGAAUAUUACUGGAGACUUUCAUCUAUUUGUGGUAGCUUGCUGUAGCUCAUGGACUAUAAAAGCUGGGCAGUCGCCACAAGCAGAACCCAUAAAGCAACACUGCAUCUUAUGCAGGUUUUGAACUGCAUCUAAUAGCAGAUGCCAGUCUUGGCUCUAACCUGUUUACAAAACUUUUUAUUUCGAAAUCUUCUGUUUUUCUGCUUUUCUCCAAAAAUAAGUAAAAUGAAAAAGUAAAAAAAGAAAAAAAAAAAAACAGCAAAACUAUAAAAAACUGAAAAAAAAACUUCCAUCGAAAUAAAAAAAAAAAAAUCUAUUUUCAAAUUUUAAAUAGAAAUUCCUUUACACCUCGGGGAAAGUACCAGUGUUUUAUUAAAGAACUUUAGCCAUUGUUGUGCAACAUUUAAAUUUUUUUUUUCUUUUUUUUUUUUAUAUUUUACAUUUUUGUCAAACAUUUCUUUUCAUCGAUGAGCGAAAAUUAAAAAAUAUUUUUUUCUUUUUUUUUUUGUCACAAUCUUGCACAUCGUGGAUAUCUUUCUCAGGAAAAUUUGACAUUUCCAGAGGAGUAGAACGCCACACAACCAUUUCAUUGUAUUUUUAUGAAAAAUGAAAAAAUAAAAUAAAAAAAUAAACUGAAAAGAGAUUAUCCAGGCACUGAAAACUUAAGGGGGAAGAACUGAAAACGUAACAGAGGAAGACAAACAAUUCCUGUUUGUAGCAGUUACAUAUUUACCAAAUAAUGGACUUGAAAUGUUUCAAGAGUGCUUUAUAUGUUAUACAAAAAAAAAACAAAAAAAAAUAUUGCUUUAUGUUGAAACACAAACCGUGAUUUUCCUGGGUCUCUGUUAAGGAAAUAAAAUAGAACAAGAUACCUUCCCGCAAGCUCAUGGGAUAAACAUUGUUCAGACAGACAUCAUCGCCUGUAACUUCAAAGAAUUUGCAUAUUUCCUGUUCCUUCUUGACUCUUUGGGGGUGCAUCCUGGUCUUACGGAAAUAAGAGGGCAGGAUAGACUUGAAAGGGGGGAUAGGUAUUGAAGUUUUAUUGUGUGGGUUGGAUCUAUGCUUCAGCUGGUGUCGGACCUCUCUGCUAGAAUGGCCCAUGAAUUGUUCUGCCUUGUGGGUUGUUGCAGCAGGGAUGGUUUUAAAUGCCUUCAGUACCAGCUGGGCCUCAAUCCAUUGAGGUACUGGAGCAAAUUUUUAUUUUCUUUUUUUGGAUCCUGAUCUAUGCACAAGCCAAGUCUGAGACAGGAGCUACAAUUCGCUGUGGUUUAUUUGGUUUUUGAAACGAGAAUUAUCAUUUUUUUUUUCUUUUACAGCUAUAGAAUGCCCUUUUCUCGCUCUUCUGGCAAAGCAGACAGGGGGAAUUACUUCAGACAGUACGACCUGUGUAUUUGAACUCCAGUUUCUGUGUGUUGCGGGGAGGGGUCUUUUAAUCAAUAAUAUUUUAUGUGUUAUUUCAUAAUGCUACCUCUGUCUGCCAUACACUGCCCUUGGUUGGGCAGGAAAACAGACUGUGACAUGGGAGGGCAAAGCCCCUCUUUCAUCUUCAGAGUUAGAAUUUGUCUGUUACAGGCACUGGGACAAUCCUUAAUAUUUGGGCACCCCAAGUGGGUCAUUGGUUUUGUGUUUUGUUAUUUUUAUUUUUUUUUAACUUCUUGGCUGUCUGAGUGACCAGUAACACAUGUGCAUUAUGUUGCUGAUACUUCUAGCACAUAGCUGUGCGUUUUUUUUUUUUUUUUUUUCCUUUUUUUUUUGGCUUUUCUCUUUUUUGCACGCCAGAUGGAGGAACAGUUCUAAAUGGUUUACAAACACAAUAAGAGUAGAGACUGAUGAAGUUUCUUUCUGUGAAGAAUGUUGUUUUCAUUCACUUCUUUUGGAUGCAAAAUUGUCCCAAAGAUAUAUAAAACAAAAAAAAAGAGAGAAAAAAAGAAAACAAUUCUGCUUAAAUUUUUGCCCUUUAAACUCUUUAGCUGCAAAAAAAAAGGGUUAAUUUGUAAUACUCAUGUUCUACUGUACAGGGCAGGCAGCAAGAUGUGAGCACACCAGGGGCUGUGCAUUGUGUAGGAGCAAAUGCGAAAAUGUGACGUCAACCUGCAGUCCCUCUGUAACCUGCAAACGUCUGCAGGAAUUCUUUAGGAAGAACAGUAAACUAGAUGACCCCCCCCCCCCCCCAUGCUCUACUCUACUAAGAGCAGGUGUUGUAAAGCUAUCCAUUUCCCUGGCAGAGUAUUCUACAAGAGUGUUCCUCCAGUCCUUGGUGGCUGCUGACAGUGCUCAUGUUCCGGAUCUCUUUACAGAAACACGACAAUGUUGGCAACAAUCGCAGACUUGAUUGUUUAGGUUUUUUAAUUUUUUUUCCGUUUAAAAAAAGAUUGCGAGACGCAAUAAAGGCCGUUUGGUUUAAAUUGAAUUUCCAUGGAGGUCGAAUGUGUUUAUUGAAAAGCAAAAAAAAUGGUUUCUUGAAUAAAUAAAUCGCCAAUUGCCUCUUGUAUCCCUUUAGAAGUUUUGAUUUGGAAUAGAUAUUGUGUUGCGUGUAUGUCCAUCAUAAAUGAGCUUCUUUUAAUCUGUUACAUAUUAUCAAAACUGUUCUUCUUUUUUUGAAGAUGAGCAUUAUUGUCACCUGCCAGGGAAUGGAAUUAAAAACACCGACCUACAACUUUGCUGUUAGAUUGCCUCCUGACACGAGAGAUGUUAAAUAGCACUUUGUCAUGUAGUGUGAGGAGUAAAAAAAAUAAAUAAAUAAAAAAAUGAAUGCAAAAAUGCCACUUCACAGCAAUUCCCCCUUCAGGAGAGUACAUGGUUUGACACCUUCAGAUGCUCAUAGAGCCUUGUAUGAUACUUCUUGCUGAAUGGGGGAGAGGUCUGUGUGCAGUCAACAUAUGAACAUUUCUUCCAUGUGAAAAGAUUUCUAUAAAUAUAUAUAUAAAGAAUAUAUAUAUAUGAUAUUGAAGGACACAGGCAUCUCUCCAAAUAUGCUAUUGAAUAAAAUGUGUUUUUGUGGUGUGUGUUUUUUUAUUUUGUUUUUAUUAUGUUGGAAACUAAAAUUUAAGGACAAGAAAAUGUUGUGGCUUAUGUUUUUUUUUUGUUUUGUUUUUUUUCUCUCCUAGAAUGUGUUUGUUAAUGACUUGCACCAAAAGACGCUUUGAAAAUGUUAAAGCUUCUUAAAACUUAAUAAACUGCGGUUUUGUUUGUA